ACUCCAGAAUCUUUUCCACGAAAGAACCAUCCCAAUUUUAUUUAUUGUAUUUAAACCCUCAAGCUCAAUUUUCGAUUAUUUCUAAGAUACCCCUUAACAAGCACAGGUCAUCCAGAUUCGUGGAACAAUAUAUUCAUUUCAAAUCAUAAUCCAAAAAUACUUAUUUACAACUCAUGAGAUAGCUUUGCUCCACAGGCCGUUCCCCUCGACCCUCUGUCUUUCUUUUCCUUUAAAGGGCUCUCACCCCCCGGAAAGGAAUCAUUUUUUGAGUGCGUUGGUUAGAAUCACACGACCAUUGUCAUAAUGGGAAAUACACCCUCUACCAACACGAGGCCAACUGCUUCCACACCUCAUUCGCAUUCUCCCGCGCCUUCGAGCAACAGUAAUGACUCGUCAAGAACAUCCUCAGCUCGCAGAGAUCCAAGAAAUUUGAUACACACGCAUAGGACUGCUGCGAGAGCAGAACCUUCUCUUGCACAGGCUCACGGAUCGAAUGUCACACACCGCCCGCGCAAUUCCCAAUCACACCCUGCUGCACAAUUCAAUAAUACUUUGCCGAAUUCGGGAGUGAAUACACCUUCGGCGCAUGACAGAGAACCACAAGCAGGCCUGCAAUCACAUAGACAUGAACCAGAGACAGAAAAGAUCGCCGUGAGGGAUCAGCCCACCAAGCCAGUUGAUGUUCCCAUGCCAUCCUCCAAUUACGACACUGCAACGUCCAGAUCCCAUUCACAUUCCCUAUCGAGCCCCCAAGCCACAUCUGUCGACCCUUCUGGUCCCCCCAUUCAAGAUAUGUCGUAUCAUCUUUCGCGACCUCCGAGGCUUCCACUGCCAAUCGAGGAGGAAGUGCACACCCCAGGGUCGCCUCUAGUCACACCGGCUGAUUCGAUCGCCCCAGCUAUAGAUAUAGAUGCUCUGGACAAUGAACCACCACUUGCAAGACGGAAUUCGGCAUUGAGUAGUACGACAAUAGACGAAGAGGACGCCGAGGAAAUUCAAAUCGAUCGGACCAAGGCAACGGUGCCAACCUUAUUCGAGUGGAGAGAAGGUGGAGAGAAAGUUUAUGUAACUGGAACCAUAUUUCAGUGGAAUAAGAAGCAAAGAUUGAGUGCAGUGGAAGGAGAGCCGGGACUUUUGAAAGCGAUAAUUCAUGUACGACCCGGCACUCACCACGUUCGAUUUAUUCAAGAUGGCAUUAUGAAAUGCUCAGCACUUCUUCCAACCACCGUCGAUUUUGGCAACAAUCUAGUCAAUUACAUCGAAGUCAGCGCCGAUGACCUGCCUACCGAUGAGGGUUCUGUAAAUAUACCUAGCGAACCAAUUGGAGGUUCGGAAACCAAGCCUGAAAUCACCCAGCCCGAGCCAGUGCCUGCAGAAGAGAGGACGAAGCCGAAGCCAGUCUCCAAGAUGAAGCGCGCAAUCUCCCAGAGUCAAUUUACUUCAGAGAUUCCACAAUACCUCAUAGAUAUGGAUAAACCCGAAGACUCCAGGGAAUACCGGUACGCAAUUGCUGCUAUAGACAAAUUGCCUCCUCCACCUACUCUCCCAGGAUUUUUGGGAAAACCUAUCUUGAAUGCCAAUGCACCGAUGAAGGAUGAUAAUAGUGUUCUCAUUAUGCCUAACCAUACUGUUCUCAAUCAUCUAGCUACGAGCAGCAUUAAGAACAAUGUUCUUGCUGUUUCUGCCACUACGAGAUAUAAGCGAAAGUAUGUCACAACAAUCAUGUAUAAGCCUACAGCGGAGGAGUAAGAAUAAGAAUAACAAACAGCAAUGCGAGAUGUUAUAGUCUAUGAAUAGUGAACCUGGUGGACCUGGAUAUCAACGAAACUCAUACCUGCAUCGAGUAAAUAAUAAUUUGAGCAGAUCAGCUUGCUUCGCAUGAUUUCUCAACGGCAAACUACAUGCAGAAUAUUCCAAUAAGAAAUUCAACCACAAAU